AUGUCGGUAUCUCAGAUCACUGGAUCAAGCCAUUUUGUCCAAACUGACCGAUUCUCUCAGUAUCCCCUGCUGAUCAUUACGUCUGCCGUGAAUGGUCGCAUUGUCAAAACGCCAUUGACUCAAAUUGCAGGGGUGGAUCCACCGGUUAAUUACAAGUUUUUUCUGAAGCGCGAAGAGCAACAGCUCAGCUUCAGCGCCCAUGUUCGAGGUGCCUAUAAUCGAAUGAGCCAGAUCCCGCCAGAAGAGCGUUGGCGAGGGAUUGUUUUCUCCGCCGUUGGUUAUGAAAAAUAUGCAAAAGCGAUUGCUUGGGCAUCGCGACUGCUGCAGAUGCAAGUUACAAUCGCUGUCUCCCAAGCUAUGAGCGCCCAAGACAUAAAAGAGCUACGCUCCUUGGGGUGCGCGGUCGUCCAAGCAUUUCAUAAGAUAAAUGGCAGCCAGAUAGGUGCUACUCUUUCAUCAGUUCAAGAGCAAGUACCUCAUGUGGAGCCUCUGGCCGAUCCUUAUUACCUUGCCGGCAUUGGGACCGUGGGUUUAGAGAUCCUGCAGCAAACCAAAGAGGGCCCCCCGCUCGAGGCUAUCUUCUGCAGUCUCCAAGAUAGAGCUACUUUGGAGGCAAUUGGAAUAUAUUUGAAUCGGUUUGCGCCCCAGGUGAAAGUCAUCGGGGUAGGCCUACGACAAAGCUCAGAGCCAUGCGAUCAAGGGCCUUUCAAACCUCUGCCCGCCAUCCUGAGGGAGAUCGCAGCAACUAGCCAUUUCAUAGAAGCAUUGAGCAAUACAGUGUUGGUGGACACCCGUGACGUGCUGAAGGCGAUUGCCGACGUGUUUGGAGAGACACGUGUGGUUGUGGAUUUGGACAGUGCUCUAGCGGUGGCCGGCAUGAAACAAUACGCGAUAAAUAAUGGCAGGUCUGAUGGAGCCACGAGGUCAUUAGUCGCCGUUACUUCGAGCGUAGACGUGGCAUUUGAUAGUUUUAUGGAUUCCAUCCGAGUUGGAUAG